CCAAAAUUUGCCGACGAACCUGUGUGUUGUGGAAACCAUGAAACCCACUAUCACCAGCAGCACCACCAACAACACAUCUCGCAACCAGUGCUGGACGAUAACAAUGUCCAAUUCCAAUGGGUAACUCAGGAUGCUCAACCCAAGCGUGAGUCGACUUUGUCCCGCAGAAGAAGAGGGUGUUAUAUUGACAUGAAAUCAGUGUGGCCAACUUGGCCAAACAACACUUGGUAUUCUCAAGCUUCGCCAGGUGCAUACGGGAAUGGAGGACAGUGGAACGACAGCAACAUACCUCAGACGUAUCUGAACCCUUCUUUGAGCGACGCAGGUUAUGACCAGACCAGCCCACCAAGCACGGAAGACAGGCUUCUCCAGCGCUCGUAUCAUGGAGCUCAAGACGUGCCUGGCGAUCAGAUUCCGGAAACCUAUAACCUAAGACAUUGCGACUAUGCCGAUAUUGCCGCUCAGAAUAUUGUUCACACUGGCAGGACUUCAUACUUCAAACUGAGUCCAUCAAUGGCCACGCCACGCACCCAGAUAUCUCCGACUUCUUCUUGCUGGGAUGUUGAUGACAAUGCUAGUCUCGCGACUACAAAUACUACAACUCCAACGGACCUCAUACCCGAUCCUCCUACUGAGCUAGUGGAUCCACCGUCUGAGGACAUGAACCCCAGCGAUAAGACUAUGGUACCGCAGAGACGCAACCUCAAAGAUCCAAACCAUCUAUACAUGCCGCGUUGGAUCAGAGGAGACGGGAAGCAGCGAGAGGGAUGGUGUGGUGCAUGUCGUCCUGGUAAAUGGUUGAGUCUGAAGCGCAGUACCUAUUGGNNUGUAGGUGAAGUCAUUAUUCUCUCUGACGAACGUGUGCUGAUGAGGACACCAGACCACAAGAACUUUUGCCACGGCAUCACUGUCAUGGGCACGCCCUUUCCACGACCAACCCGCACUCGAGCAUUGGCUGACGAUAAAGGAUGGGAGGGAUAUUGUGGAUCAUGCAAUAGAUGGAUUAUACUGAACGGUGGGAAGAAGAGUCACACAUCUUGGUUCAGACACGCUUACAAGGUAUGCCUUUCUCUGCUUCUUCGAACUUGA